AUGAAAACUGAUGGACCUGCUGUGGAUUUCCAUGACAUACCCAAUAGAUGGCUUUUAGACUACGAUAAAGCUUGCGGUUAUGAAGUAGAUCAAAUGAAGACUGAAGGGUCAGAAGAAGCAGUCCAGAGGAAGAAGAUUUCCUUUAAUGAGAAACUUCGGGAAAAGCUUUCCCUCUUACAGAAUGAUCAACAAAGAGAAGAUUUACUUGAUGAUCUGACAAGAUCAUUAGAGAAGUAUAAAGCAGCAAGAAUAGAUGAUAUUGAUUAUGUAGCUGCAGCUAUCGUUAAAGGUCGCACGAAAUCAACAACGGGAAAAAGGUUGCUCUCCAGUUUUGAAAUAGCUGAAAAAGAAGCUAAGAAAAGCGAAACUGCUUUAUCGAGAACAGGCAGCAAGCAACAUAUUUCCCAGCACGGUACCAUUGAUUACGUCUGGCCAUUCAAAAGAGAUUUAGAAGACAGAAUCGUUAACAACGAAAAGAAAAAGAAGAAAUAUGAUGAUGAAAACUCUUUUGAAUUUUUUGUGCAUCCUGAAAUUCCUAGAGAAUGUAUCCCUGAAACAGUAGACGUAGGUGCAGAUGGGUUUUGUGGAUUCAGGUCCCUGGCAACAAACAUCAAAGGCAAUCAAGACAUUUUGGGAUGUUAA